AUGUGCCCAUUCAAGCGGAAAGCGGACGAUGCGAUACUGCCUAUCGAUGCUAAGCACAAGAAGUCACGCCCCACUCAGAUCUUGUCGAACCGAUAUAAAGACUCGGAAAAUGAGAUCAAGUACGGCAUCGUCCUCCGCAAGUAUUAUCCUCCUGAGAUGACCAACGAGCGAGCUGAGGCAUACAACGCUGGCGAGAUCGAGCGACCCAUAGAGACAUUGGAGAAAGCCGUCAAAGAAACACAGGGAGAUCGAAACCGAAUACAGCCAGGUGAUUGUGUGGUUCACUGGUUCAAAUGCGACUUGCGGAUUACAGACAACAAGGGGCUGCACCUAGCCAGCAAUAUGGCCAAGAUGCACAAUGUGCCCCUUGUUUGCCUUUAUUUGAUAUCACCACAGGACUUCGAGGCUCACUUGACAUCCCCUGUGCGCGUUGAUUUCAUUCUUCGCAACCUUGUCAUGCUCAAGAAGGAUCUGGGUGAUUUGGAUAUACCGUUGUACGUCGAGACUGUCGAGAAGAGAAGGAACGUUUCGGCCAAGCUGAUGGAGUUGUGCACAACUUGGGGUGGUUGCCAUGUGUUCUGCAACGCCGAGUACGAGGUGGAUGAACUCAGGAGAGAAGCUGCUCUGACCAGGUCCUGCUUGGAGAGGGGAAUAUCUUUCAAUGUCGUCCAUGACACCUGCGUUGUCGAACCUGGAAAGCUGAAGAGUGGCUCCGGCGGCGCAAUAUCAGUCUACAGUCCCUGGCAUCGAAAAUGGUGCGCCUACCUCGAUCAAAACCCCAAAGAGCUUGGCUGUUUCCCUCCACCAGCAAAGAAUCCUCCAACUUCCGUGGACAAUUACCCACAGCUAUUCGACACUGAGAUUCCAGCCGCGCCUCCAUCGAAGCAGCUGAGCGAGGAGGAAAGAAAGAGAUUCCAUGCUAUGUGGCCUGCAGGAGAACGUGAGGCUCAAGAUCGACUGCGCAAGUUCGUGCUCGAGAAAAUCGCCAAAUACCACGAUACUAGGAACUUUCCGGGAGGCAACGGGACAUCUGUCCUGAGCCCACAUCUUGCGGCAGGAACAAUUGCCGCACGGACUGUUGUUAGAGAAGCUCGAGAAGCCGCGCCCCUCAAAAAGUUGACUGACGACCGGAAACAAGGACACUCGAUGUGGAUCGCUGAGGUGGCGUGGAGAGACUUCUAUAAGCAUGUCCUAUGCCACUGGCCGUAUGUCUGCAUGAACAAACCGUUCAAACCAGAAUACAGCAAUAUCGAGUGGGAGUACGACUUGAACCAGUUUAACAAAUGGACCGAGGGAAGGACAGGUUUUCCCAUCGUUGAUGCCGCAAUGCGCCAAGCUGCACAUACAGGAUACAUGCCCAAUCGUUGUCGUAUGAUUGUGGCGUCCUUCUUAGCCAAAGACCUUUUGGUUGACUGGCGCAUGGGCGAAAAAUGGUUCAUGGAGCACCUCAUUGAUGGUGAUUUCGCAUCGAACAAUGGCGGUUGGGGGUUCAGUGCCAGCUGUGGUGUUGACCCACAGCCAUAUUUUCGCAUCUUCAACCCCUUACUUCAAAGCGAGAAGUUCGAUGCGAAGGGGGACUAUAUUCGUAGAUGGGUGCCGGAGCUUGCAGAAAUCGAAGACAGCAGAGGAAUCCAUGACCCGUACAACCGUGGCUAUGGGAAGUUGGCUGAAGAGAACGGAUAUCCAAGGCCGAUUGUCGAUCACAAAGAGUCCAGAGACAGGGCCCUCACGCGAUACAAAGCGGGCAUCGGAAGGAACACUGCAUGA